CUGGAACAGUGGAAGGUCUUGAGCCUUCACUUACGGUAUUAGGUAUUCAACAGGAACGCAUUGCGUCAGCAGAUGGCUGCGCCACACGGUUUCAAGGCUGCAGAGGAAGAUGCUCUUGGCAGCCGCAAAAUCCUAGAAUCUUUAAGUUUGUGACAAAGUGCCUGCAUGACAGGAGAAUUUGAUUAACCCUAAUUUGGGCUGGGCUCCCCACAUGGACUAUGUGACGUUCACCCUGAUCGUAGAUGACAUUGUCUGGCCCGAUGGCCACACUGCGAUGGCCUGUCUGGGUGGUGGAGGACCCCAGACUGCAUUUGCAAUCCGAAUGUGGACCAACCAAGCGUCGGAGGUUGGGCUCGCUGCUGGAGUUGGCGAGGAUCUUCCCCAAGCAUGCAAGGAUUGGUUCAACGCCAUGCGAAUCAACACCCAGGGCCUUGAGCGGUGGGACGGCUUCCAGACUCUAAGGGCGUGGCAGGUCCUCGAAGCGGACGGCCGUCGAACACAGGUGUGGCGUACUCCUGUAGGAGAGGAAGUCUGGGGGAUGUUGAGACCGAAGUUGCGAACACUACCAUCGAACUACCAAAAGGCCCGAGCCUAUCACGUUGGGGUGCAUCCCAGUGGUUUGGACGUUAAUUUCAUCCGGGAGUUGAAAGACAGUGGGGCAGAAGUGGUCAGCAUCGAGCCUUACACUCAUGCUUUGGAUGUCGUCCCCCGGGCAGAGCUAGAGGCGUUGCUGACGUCAGCGCACAUCUUCUCCCCCAACGAGAAGGAGGCGUUCUCCCUCGUCGGCCCAGGAGAGCCGCUCGAAGUCGUUGCGAGGCUUGUGGAAGCGGGGGCUCAGGUCGUGUGUCUGCGGAGGGGUGACAAAGGCUGCGUGGUCCACCGGGCGGACACGGGAGAGACCUGGGACGUGCCAGCUGUCGACAUGUCCACCACGACCGCGGACGAGGGCCUCGAGAGCACUUACCGAGGGGCGUCCGACCGAUCCACUGCGGGCUCGGAUUCAGUUGUUGGGUCUCGCGUUGGUAACCUCGACGAAUCGGACGUCGGAUCGGACGUAGGCGCGUCGGGGGGCGAUAUCGAAGCCUCCGUCCAGGCAGCUUGGGCUAGCGCGCUUCCACCGCUCGAAAAGCGUGAAAGCUUAGCGGAUGAAUUGGACAAGCUGGACGGACGGUCAAGCGUUGAUACAAAUAGCGGGUUGGGGGCAGAGAUGGCUGUGAGGACGGGUCGGGUGAAAGACCCGACUGGCUGCGGGAACGCGUUUUGUGGCGGGUUCCUGGUCGGUUGGUUGGAGCACCGGGAUCUGCUGACAGGGGCGCUUUACGGGAGCGUGGCGGCCAGCUUCAUGCUUGAGCACGAAGGCGUCCCACCUCCAUCAGCAUGGCGGAAUCGAGAAGCUUUUAAGCGAGUUGAUGAUUUAAGGAUACGGGCUCGAAGGUUGUAAGAACCGUUGUCUGGUGACUCGUCCGAGUUUUGUUGUGCAGUGUCGUGUCUUUGAGAUUCUCUUGCCAAGGCAAGAGACUAAGAAAGCUGUGCCAUAAUAUGUCGUGCAAUAUUAUGCAGAAUUUCAAAAACACAUGGGAGCCACCUCCAGUCUCCCCACAAACUAUAAUUUGCAUAAAGGGACCACCGAGAUAGUCGGAUGGGAUAGACUCAUAUUCAGCAAUUGUAGGAGUACUCCCAAAUUCGCCGCAG